AUGGAACCAUUGCUCCAUGACACGAUCCUUGCCCUAGAACAUCAGACGUGGAAGGCUUUGACGCAUUCAGGCGCCGCUCUCCUUCCAUACCUCAGUCGAGAUUGCAUUAUGCUGUUCCCCCUGGGCAUGAAGGUGUCGGCCAAAACAUCACCUAACCUCGACGAUGUCAUGAUGAGCGAAGCCUUCAUUCCUUGGAGAUGGUACAAGUUGAACGAUGUUGAGGUAACGGCGCUGGGAACAGAGGCAGCUAUCAUCACCUACCGAGUCAUGGCUGCAAGACAGCGCCUUUCGGACAAUGAGGAGGAGGAGGAAACCGACGACGACGACGACAAUCAACCACAAGAACAGUUUCGAGCAUUGGUCUCAAGCACCUGGCGGAAGGAUCCUGAAGCAGGGAAAUGGUUGAUGUGUGUUCAACAGCAGACACCGUAUCCUAACGACAUUGAUGAUUGA